AUGACUCGUACUUCUGUUUUAGCCGAUGCUCUAAAUGCUAUCAACAACGCCGAAAAGGCUGGUAAAAGACAAGUUAUGAUUAGACCUUCGUCUAAGGUCAUCAUCAAGUUUUUACAAGUCGUUCAAAAACAUGGUUACAUUGGCGAAUUCGAAUACAUUGAUGAUCACAGAUCUGGUAAGAUCGUUAUCCAAUUAAAUGGUAGACUAAAUAAAGUAGGUGUUAUUUCUCCAAGAUUUAACGUCAAAAUUUCGGAGAUUGAAAAAUGGACUGAAAAUUUAUUACCUGCCAGACAAUUUGGUUAUGUUAUUUUAACUACUUCUGCUGGUAUUAUGGACCACGAAGAAGCUAGAAGAAAACAUGUCUCUGGUAAGAUUUUAGGUUUCGUCUACUAG